AUGACUCCAGAGGAAACAGCCUUGAAUCUACGCUCGGAAAAUGAAUACGCCGUCGGAUGGUAUGCGCCCUGGGAUCUUCCAUUCGCCAAGUAUCGUCAGCCGGGACAGGUCGAUACUAAACAAGAUGAAAUCUUUAAAUUCUUAAAUAAGGAGAUUGCGGUAUAUAUUGAUGCGGAUACCGUCGGAAAUAUGGACUUGGGCUAUCUGGGUCGAUAUUUAUACCUUGCAUGGCUGCACUUACACGAAGGGCGUCCGCCAUUCCAAGGUGGAGGAUUUUUCCCGAAGCCCUUUCAAAUUCCCAAGCAAACCGCUGAAUCUUUAGAUGAGCUAUCAUCAUUCCACAGGGAUCUUACGCAUACGCUCUCUGUGCAUCUUGAUGACCCUGUGCACUUCCAACAAGGCAGAGAUCACGCAACGAUUGCUUCACAGCCAGUCAGCCCAUCCAUCCAAUCGUUCAAGGAUCAUUGCUAUCUGAUACGACCUCUCUUCCGUGUAAUCUAUAUGGUUGUGGACGACCAGGCUCUAGCAGAGUAUACCAAGCCCCUUCCUGUCCCAGAACGGGAGAAUGAAGACUGGAUGGCACUCCGUAGCCAGUUUCGCGUUCACCAGGUCUUGAUCCAUACUAUUUUACUAGUCAGGACAGGGCAAGAUUCUCAUCUUUCUUUUCCCCAAUCAACCUUCUGCCUCUCUUUGAUGCUGGUUUAG